UCCGAUCACAUCCCGUACGCAUGCACGUGUACCAAUCCCUAUUUUCCGUAAAAUACGUGGAACGCAUUGUUCUCUCGUCUUCCCGACUUCCACAAAUAUUAAAAUCCAAAAUUCCUCCUCCGAAAGCCCCCGAUUUUCCCUGGAGAAGAAAUUGAUUUCUCCAUGUUUGUAGCUGUUGAUGUUCUUUUCUUUGGCGAUUUUGAUUUUUUACUGGUAUGAGAGGUUGAAUUAAGAAGAUUCGGUGUAAAAAAGUACGAGGUGGAAAUCUGUCCUGAGCUCAGGAGUAGAAACAGAAACGGUCCAGAGCUCAGAGAGCACUAAUGCAUUGAAUAUUCUUGUUAGUUUCCUCGGGCUUACUGCAUGUUCUGCUGAGGGAAGGCGUAGGCCAGGUCACACGCGUAACCUAUAUAUUGCAUGCCAUCUUUUAUUGUACGUUGAGAUGGGUGGUUCUCUGGGAAAGAAAGAGUCUUCAAAGAAUUAUUCAUCGGAAUCAAAACUUGAUGCAAAGAUGGUUGACGCUAUGCGUCAAAGAGCUACACAAGGAAGUACCAUGAAAUCAUUUAAUACAAUCAUAAUAAAGUUUCCCAAAAUUGAUGAGAGCUUCAGAAAAUGCAAGACUAUUUUUGAGCAAUUUGAUGAAGAUUCUAAUGGUGCAAUUGAUCCUGAAGAACUCAAACAUUGUUUUCACAAACUUCAAGUUGAUUUUACUGAAGAUGAGAUUAGUGAAAUCUUCAAAGCUUGUGACAUUGAUGAAAACAUGGCAAUUAAAUUCAACGAGUUUGUUGUCCUCCUCUGCCUUGUUUAUUUAUUGAAGAAGCCCACAACUACACCAGCAAAAUCAAGAUUAGGGUUGCCAGAACUGGAGUCUACUUUUCAAACUUUGGUUGAUGCCUUUGUGUUUCUCGACAAGAACAAAGAUGGGCAUGUUAGUAAGUCCGAGAUGGUUGAAGCCAUAAAUGAAUCAACCUCAGGUGGAAGAUCAUCUGGACGGAUUGCUAUGAGAAGAUUUGAAGAGAUGGAUUGGGAUAAGAAUGGAAUGGUGACCUUCAAAGAGUUCCUUUUUGCUUUCACCAGGUGGCUAGGGAUUGGAGGCACUGAAGAAGAUGAAGAAGAAUGAAUGAAUGGCUGUGCUUCCAUAUUAUCUUCACUAUUCAGCAAGGUUUGCCCUCUCCCUGAAGCAGAAAACCUGUAAUUGGCCAUAUAAUCUCUUCAUUAACCUGGUUAGGAAUCUAAUCAAUGAAUAAUAAAAUGUUAUGGUUAACUUGA